ACCACCUAUCGUCACUGCCUUUCCUUCCUCCCUUUUUUCUCUCUGCAUUCAAGGACUUGGCCCGCAUUGCAUUCCAAGCUCCUGCUUUCCAAGUUCAACGCUUUCUUCUCUUCUUCUUCUUCUUCUUCUUCUUCUUCGUCUUCUUCUGGGUCGGAUGGAGAUCGACCCUGGUGAUAACUCCAACUGGCUCGUCGACUACGGGCUCGCGGACGUCUCGGCCGGGGACGUCCUCCCCUCUGCUGGUGGGUUCGCCUGGUCCUCCCCGUCCUUCGACGUCUCCUCCUCCAAUGCCAGCAUUGAGGUUAACUGUGCAUCUACUAGGGAUUCAGAGAACCUCAAGGGCAAGAGCUGUCACAAAAGACUGAAAUCUGAAUCAUGCCUUUCAUCUGGUUCCAAAGCAUGCCGGGAGAAACUUCGAAGGGAUAGGCUAAAUGAAAGGUUCCUAGAAUUGGGUUCUGUCCUGGAGCCUGGAAGGCCACCCAAGACGGACAAGUCUGCCAUUUUAAGUGAUGCUGUUGGCAUGGUUACCCAGCUGCGUACUGAAGCGCAGAAACUCAAGGAGUCGAAUGAGGAAUUGCAAGAGAAAAUAAAAGAAUUGAAGGCUGAGAAGAAUGAACUUCGCGAUGAGAAACAGAGGCUAAAGGCUGAUAAAGAAAAAUUGGAGCAACAGCUGAAAGUCUCGAGCUUUCAUCCAGUUUUUCCGCCUCAUCCGUCUGUAGUGUCAACACCUUUUGCUGCUCAAGAGCGGGCAGGUGGCAACAAGUUGAUGCCUUAUAUUGGUUUCCCUGGUGUGGCAAUGUGGCAAUUUAUGCCACCUUCUACAGUUGACACGUCGCAGGAUCACGUACUCCGUCCUCCUGUUGCUUAACCAGCAGACACAAAUCAUCUGGUAGUCUGUCUAACUAGGAUUUGCGUGCCGAUGUUUUUUGUUGUUUCUUGGACCUUCUACAUUGGAUUUCUUUCUUCUUCUUCUUCUUCUUUUUUUGGUUGGUACAUUGGAUUCCCACAGUGGAAAAAACUUGAUAAGGUGGAUGAUCUGAUUUGCGGACCGACAUCGCAAUUGUUGCUCAUCCAUUGUAAUAGAGACGUGCUGUUGUCAUGUAAAAUGCAAUAAAACAGCAAAAUUCUCGUUGGAAGA